GCACUAUGUCGGAUGUGACGAUGACUUUUGUUUUUAAAAAAAGUGGCGGUUGCAUCAUGACCACCUCCGUGUGAAUCAAUAGCUGUAAUUUCAACACAUUGAAACGCGAUCCUGGUGUUUUCUGUUAAGUUGUAAGCUCCUUCACUUGCACCAGGAGGAUCAUGCAGCAACAGCAAUAUGCAGAGGAUCGAAACCUUCUGGGCAAGCUGUGUCCUGGGGAGAAGAAGCUGGAGGGGAAGACCUUCUACCUGGACAACGUGAAGAAACGUCCAACAGCCCUGCUUUUGGAGGUCAUAUCUCUUUUAGGAGGGAGGGUUGAAAGUUUUCUGCACAAGGAUGUGAGCUUUCUUGUGACUGGAAGCCAAGAGGGCCUGAAAGAGCAGAGGCAAGCAGAGACAAAGGGGAGUGAAGAAGCCCAACAUCUUAUCAAGCAGCGAGAGAGCGUCCUCAGCAAAGACAAACAGCGACCAGGAACUCCCAGACCAGUGGCUUGUGGCAGCCGGGGGAAGGCCCUGCUUGAAAAAGCCAUUCGCAACAAUGAACGACUGCAGGGGAGCAGUGUUUUGGCCAACGCACGGUCAUGGGGAGUGAAGAUUUUGUUUGUGGAUGAUGUCAUUUUAUAUCUGAAACAGUUGACUCGAGAAAGCUUUAGGCCAAAACAGAAAAGGCCAGAGCGGACUUACGCCAAACAAACAGGUUCUCAUGUUGUCAAAGCUGCAGCUUUGAGAUCUCCCUACCUUAAAAUUGAAGACUUGAGCAGGAAAUACAAGCCUCUGCACAUGCAGUCUAUGACCUUCCCCACUCUGUGCUACUCGGGCCGAUUCAGUCCCUUUGAAGCUCCUCCUCCUCAGUUUGAAAAAUGGAAAGAACAAGGAGAAAAUAAAAGCAGAGAAAAGAAUAAAGUUGUAAGCAGCAUUAAGGACAAAUCUCAAAGCCCGCUCAGUUGUAACCCUUCACCUUGGCGGCCACGCAAAAAGGACGUGGCUUACUGUGAAUGCUGUCAUCAACCCUUCUCUAAUCUGGAGGAGCACUUGCAGUCCGAUCAGCACCGUACGUUUGUUCUGGAUUCAUCCAACUACAGUGCGGUGGACCAACUUGUGGCUGAAAUGCUUCCGGGAUUCAACCCCGAUCCAUCACAGCAAUCAGAGGACUUACUGAACAGACCACCAACUCCUUUACCCAUCCAAGAUGAACUGGAGCCUCUCACUGAUGCUGAGACGGAGCUUGCUGUUCAGGCCCUGCGGAGACAAGGCUCAUCAUUUAAUGCUCACAUCUCCAGCCCUACUAAGGGUCCUCUUUCCUCUGUCCCUGCCAGUCCACCACCAGGAGAUCCAUGCCCCGUCGCAAGUCCAGCCACUCCACCUGCUGACAUCCAGCCUUUCACUCCUCAGACAGGGUGCCACUUGCCAGACAGCCAGCCUGAAGUCGCUUUAAGUCCGGCCAUGCCCAUACUGAAUGUUGAACCACAAGACCAUGGCCCAGCCAGCCAGUCACCUCAACAUCUUACCACCUGCCCUAACACCCCAUGUCCAUCCCCUGACCGUUACUCCCUGCCUCCGGUCCUCAGCCCGCAAGUCCCUGAUCCCUACUACGUGAUGGAUGCACACAGCUCUUACUCAGAACCUCCUAUCCUCAGUCCUCAGCAUUACACUGCAGAGGAGGAUGUGGAAGGACACGCUUGUGAAAUGGACACUGAAGAGAGCGUGUCUCUGUCUGUCUCAGCUGUCACAAUUCCCUCUGUGGCUGCGACAGAUACAAUGGGAGUGGAGGGACUACACCAAAAUGCUCUUUUAGGAUUCAGUGGGUUCUUAUGUUCCAGCAGUGGUUUGGAGUGUGCUAAGCUGUCGUUGCGUAGAUCUCGUUCCCUCCCUCGGCAGCCAAUGACUGCACCAAACCCCAAAAAACGUUGUCGAUCGGCCAGCCCUGAGCACAGCCGGAGCAAAAGACGGAGGACUGUGACCUUUGGCUACAUUGGUUGUCGGACUGCACAAAAGAAUAAAUCUGUAAAACCAAAAAAUGACAUUAUGGCAAACAGUGAGAGCUGUUUAUUGUUCAACACAGUCUCUUGUCAAAUAAUACAGCCUUGUUCAAACCCAAAGGUCUCUUCAACAGCCACAACAUGCACUGUGGAAAAGUUUUGUUUAAAACAACAACAACCUCAAACCACAUUUUGUGUUCCUACUGUACAGAAUUUCCCUCGGGUGCCAAAUCAAAUUGACGUUUUGGGUCGUGGUAGCACCUCUGUUGCAGAUCGGCCAUCAUGGCCGCCCUCCUCAAAAGCAAGGAGUUUCAAUGCUCCACCUCAAAUCCCUGCGGAUAAAUCUCACAGUGCGUUUUCCAGUCAAGACUCUCAACGUUCACUAUCCCACUCUACCUCAGUCUGCAUUGAGUCAGCCCUCAUCCCAGACUUAGCCACGCUCUCUCCAUCAUCAUCAGACUCUGAUUGGGACAGCGAGCUGCUGUCGCGGCUGGGCCCGGCAGCCACUAGACCCCUGUCGCCCACCGAGCAGAGCUGCGAGCUCGACAAGGAACUCCUCCACAGGCCGUGCACGUGGAUGCACGACACCAGCUACGAGUCACGCCUGCACACCGUCCUUCAGCCGUCAACCCCAGCGAGCCCAAUGUGUGGGGAAGAAAUGGAGCCCUCAGCGUUUUCCAGGACUGUGGUACAGAUUGUUGAGGUUCAGCACUGAUGGGUCUUAAUGGUCGUUUUAAGGAACUGGAAGAACCACUAACUGGAAGCUGUGUAAAGCUUCUGGUGCAUAAAUUUGACUUUGCAGCUGCUGCAGCACUUACGCUCAUCAAAACAAGCAAGUGUACACUGAAUAAAUAUAAAAACGUAGUGCAAACUAAAAUGUCAUAUGCAGCUGUUUUCAGAAAUGCAUAUUUUUAUUUUUACUUUAAUUUUUUUUAUUGUAGUAGAUUCUACAUAUGUACAUGAAUGCUGCAUCUUCCCUCAGGCAACACUCUCUGUAUGUCAUGCUGACUUCAGUCUUUCAGCAUGUCCGGGAACACAUGGUGAUAUUGAGAAUUUAAUGAGGCUUUUCAGAAAGGGAGCAUUACUCAAUUACUGUAAGUGCUGCGUCUGGAUCAGAUCCCACUUGCGCCGGCGCUGAUGGUCAAACAGGCGUGGUGUUAGAAGAGUGGAGGACUCGCACUAUCUGUGAGGCAGAGAACUCUCACAUUAAAGUCAAAUAGCUUUUCCUGAUCUUGAAGGUGGGCCAAAGGACUUGCUUUGUCAAGGACGGACUGCUGCUUCACAGCGGUGUGCUCCUCCUGUGAGGUUUAUUGUGUUCGGUCACCUUCCGUUACAGACUUAUUUCACAUCAUGACAGUCAAAACUAUGAAAUGGAUACUUCUGAAUAUCUUAAAUGGACACAACGGAUGCAGAAUGCAACAAGCAAUGAGAAACACAACACAUGAUUGUCCUAGGAAAAUGUGAAGUCAGGUCUUGUACUGUGUUUUGAAAUAAAUGUUUUUAACCAUAAA